AGUCCGUCCAUACACGCGUGCUCGGAAGCAUUCACUGUCUCCACACAGCCUGUGUGAUCGCCUCGGUUACGAGCCAACGCCCACAGCGACAUAUAACCCUCUGCCCCCCGACGGCAGCACUACUGCCUCUCCACCUUUCUUCCGUUGCCCGCCCCCGUCCUGGUAGCAGCGAAAAAGAGUUGCGUGCGGGGAGGUCAAGACACACCUCUCCGGACAUACCAGCACCUACACCUGCUGCUUCGUUUGCUGCAGCGCUCCCACCGGGGAUCCUAAGCGCUCACUCUCGUCUUGCUCGUCGGACCUGAGUCGAGACCCAGAUACCGCAGUCGCAAUGGCUUCAACGUUUUCAUAUGCGCAAGCCGCAAAGGGCAUUUCCACACCGACCAGUGCAAGCAAGCCGACUUCCGGCACCGCUACUCCAGCCAAGGACGCAAACACGGCCGCUGGCCCCGGCGCCAAUGCUUCGCCAGCCAACUGGGCCGAGGAUGUCGAGACGGAAUCGCGUCCUGACCAGCCCGCCGUAGCCCGCGAGGCACGCACAGAGCAACCCGCUUCCAGCCCAGCCAAACCCUCACAGCCAGCAGAUGCCUCCAACGUGUCUUCGCCCGAUCUCGGAGCCUCGUCCUCGUCGACGGUGACCAAGGACGACGACGUAUCGUCAGUGCCAAACACUGCCUCCGAGUCAACCACUUGGGACAACAAGUCUCAGGCCUCUACUUCCGUCGACAAGUCGGUCGAGCCGGUUGAAAAGACGUCCGAGAAGGUCAAAAAGGGCAAGAACGCAGUCGCAAAGGCCCUUCAUGAGGCGCCCGUGCCGACCGUCAACCCAUGGAAGCUGCGGGCUGACGAGAUGAAGUCAAAGGUGCACAAGGCUGCUCCUUCAGCUACCUCCAACGGAGUCUCGCAAGCGCCCAACGGAGUCUCUGCGAAAAAGGGAGACUCCGCGCCCCAAGAAAAGCCCGUCAACGGUGAGAGCAGAGGCAAGCACCGUGGCGAAGGCGCCCCAGGCCGAAGAGAUGCAAAGGGUGACGUCGAUGUCAGAAAUGGUGCCAAGGGCAGGUUUUCCGACAAGGAUACAAAAUCAUCAUCGGGCGUGCUUCCCCCGCCGCCGAACCGUGAUCAGGAGGCAUGGCCAACCCCUGAUACCGCCGUCGAUGAGGAUCGCAAAAAGGCCCAGGAAAAGGGUGAAAAGGUCGAGAAGGAGCGCAAGGAUGGUGCUCCUACCAGCAAGCAGGAGUGGGUGAAAAUCCCAUACACACCGUCUGUCGUGUUCAACACGCCUUUGCCUCAUGCUGCAAAUGCAAGGAGAGGCGGCAGACCUGGAGGACGUGGCGGAGCGCAGACUGGUGGCAGGUCUGCUGGCUUCAGCAACAGCGCCGAGCAGCCUGACAAGGACGGGUCGGCACCAAAUGGUGAACACGCGAGGGCCGCUGCACAAGAUGCUUCUGGCAAGACAAAGCGCUCAGGCGGUGCCGCGUCUCCCACGCUGAAGAACCAGGCUGCCACGACCAACGGAGAUGGCGCUGCAAAGACGAAUGGCCACGGACCCUCCGAGUCUGAAGCCAACACCAAGGGCUCGUCAGCACCAUCGCAGGCACCGCAUCAAAAUGGCGCCUACCCCCGUCAAUUCCCCAACAAGCCCCACAAGGGCCGCCGCGGCGACUUUCACGGCGCUGGAGAGCGAAGGAGAGACGGUGCGUCGUCACCCACCAAGGAUAACACCUGGGCUCCUGCUGGAACGCAGGCAGAUGCUUCCGCAGAUGGUGAGCGCCGUGCACCGCACCAGGACGGCCCACACGGUCACUCGAAGCGUUUCAGUUCGUUUUCCAGUGGCCGUGAACGCGGCCGUGGAGGUGGCCGUGGUGCUCGUGGCAACUAUGCAAGUGGCCACCACUUCGUCAAUAGCACUUCUUCGACAAACUUCCCCCUAGGCCCGCGAUCGCCGACGACUUUUGUUCCUGAGAGCAACAGCUUCUUCCCGGCUUCCCAGGGCAAAUACGGUCGCAACAGCCAUCGGUCUCAGUCUCUGACCACCGACCCCUACCGGUACCAGUCGUACCAGAAUGGAUUCCCAGCUACUCCUCUGCAGACAUCCCACGACAUGUAUCCCUACGGCAUGGUCCAGCCGAUGAGUGCUACUGCGCCAUUCAGCCCAUACGGAUUCGACCAGUCGUACCUUUUCACCAUACUCACUACCCAAGUUGAGUACUACUUUUCCGUCGACAACUUACUCAAGGACAUGUAUCUGCGUCGCCACAUGGACUCGCAGGGAUUCGUUUCGCUCGAGUUCAUCGCUGGUUUCAACCGGAUCAAGCACCUGUCACCCGAUCUCGAUAUGAUUAGGCUCGUCUGCCAGCAGUCCAAGGCCAUUGAGUAUCGUACGGGCGAGAACGGCCAGGAACGGCUACGCCGCAAGGACGGCUGGGAACAGUGGGUGCUUGAUAUGGCAGAGCGCGACCCCUCGGCACAAAACGACGGCCCCAAGGAGCUCAACCAGCCUCAGAUUACCCAUCCGGCAGGCUUCGAUCCUGCAAAUCUCCCUCAGUGGCCGGCAAUGUCGCCUGGCUUCCCCAUGAGCCCCUAUGGAACCGAUGGAGCGUAUGCUCAGAUGAAUGGAUUUCAUCCCGUGGCUCUAGACGGUGGGCUGGCGCCGACAGAGAGCGUAGUGAAUGGUACACCUGCUGAAGAGGCGAAUGGUAUGGCCAUUCCCAACGGUCACGCAGUCGAGACCUCAACAAAGGCUCUUGACAAUCAUUGUUCGCAAGCAAGGCCGAUCGCAAAAAACGUCGUCUUCUUCUUCUUCUUCUUCUUUUCCACGAACAUUUUCUAA